AUGAAAUUAAGUUCACAUUUUAUUGAACGAAAAGCAGUGGAUAUUUCUGGUCGAUUAGGAACACUUUAUGAUGUAUCGCAAGAUAAAUUGAUUGAUCAAUAUUCCGUAAAAUCAUCUGAAAUACAAUCGGCUACUCAACAUUCUAUAUGUAGAAUAUUUUCUGGUGCACAAUUUAAUAAUAUAAUCGAUGUUUUAAAAGAGAUAAAUUUUGAUGAUGGACUUUUACAAAGUAUUCUUCUUAGUAUUAUUCAACCAUCAGGAAUUAGUUCUGCUAUUGAUUAUACACAAUCUAUUAACAAGAAUACUCGUUUUUUGUACUCUGCAUAUGUAAGUAAAGAAGAAAUAAGUGAAGAUAUAGAUGAAAUUGUUACAUCUUCUUCAUGUGCAACUCAUAUAAUUAUGAAAACUAUUUGGGGUUUUGAAAUUUUAUGUAUUUUAUCGAUUCCGAAUGAUGAAUCUACCCAUGCAUUGGAUAGUUUACUACGAAAUAUUGCUUAUCGACUUGAACAUAAUCAGAAAGAUUUCGUGCUGACUGAUCGUGAAGAAGAUGAAAUUAGUAGUUUGACUAACAUCACUAUAUUUGAGUCAGAAACAUGCAUAGACAAUCAUAAUACAACACUAUUAACCGUUUUUAAUAGAAUAAAAAGUUGGCAAACAAAUGAAAAUUUUCAUCAACCACUACAAUACACAAUGUGUUGUCUAGAAUCACUUUAUAAUAAUGAUCAUCAGCCAGAAUUAUGUGAUUCAUCUAAUCUAAUCAAUGAUCAAACUUUAAAUAUUGAAUCUAUGAUUAUGGACAUUGAUAUUUGGAUAAAACAUCUAGUAGAAAUAUUUAAAAAAAUUCCUAAAAAUUUCUCAAGUCGUACACUUAAUAAACGAUCAAAUGAUUUUCAAGAACAAUUUUGUAAUCUAUUGACUAUAUACGGAGAAUUUCGAAGUGACCUACGAAAAUUACUUGUUGGUAUUCGUCGAAACUAUUAUGAAUCGAUAGAAAUUGAUAAUGUUAUCUCCGAUGAAUACUAUUCAUUACUGCAAAUAAAUAAAAUAAAGAAAUUUUUUUAUAAAGUAAAUCAAUGGCUGACAAAAGCAUUAUUAUUUGAACAAUUAAAUAAUAAUCAAAUUAGAUAUAU